UCGCCUUAUUUUAGUCACAAUAAGUACGCAUGCUUAUUUUUUAUUUAAAUUAUUAAUUCCUAAAUUUGACCAUUCCGAUAAAUAUGGUUCAUAUAUCGCCUAGAUACAAACAGAAGAAAUGUAUUUGCGACACGGAAAAAUUGUUAAAGAAAAUAACUGGGUCUCCGAAGCCUAUACCACGUACAGAAUUAAACUCAAUUCGAUUAAAUUUGUUUACUGAAAGAAAUUCCGAUGGAACGGGCUUUUUAAUGUUGAAAGGAAAAUAUAUUUAUGAUAGAUACAGUGUAAGAAUUAACGACAAAGAUAUUAGAGCCAUAUGCCUUUAUAUAAAAAGAUCGCCAAGAAGAAUUACCAAGCUAGACUUAUGCUAUAAUAACAUAACUGACAAAGGUUUCUUCAAAUUGCUCAGAAAAUUAUUAAUCAAAGGACGCUCAAGCAUAAUAAAUUUGAACAUAAUGCACAAUCAUAUUACUGAGGAAUCCUUAUUAAAUCUUGCUAACAAAGCAACAUUGGUGAAAUUAAAAUAUUUAAGACUUAAUGGUAAUGAUUUCGGAGUGAAUGGCGCUGAAUAUUUUGCCAAAUUUCUGAGAGAUAACAAAAGCUUGGAAUAUUGUGAUUUAGGUGAGACUAAUUUGACUUUAUCCGGUCUCGCACAUAUUACUACAGCGCUGCGAAUUGAUCACGGUGCAAACACAACUCUGAAAGUGCUGGAUUUGAGUAGAAUUAUACCUUUAUUUAAUCGUUACUCGUAUGAAACAAAAUGGUUGGCAUAUCACAUAGAAUAUCUUUUAAAUAGAAACCACUCUAUAAUAGAACUUCAUUUACAAAAGAACCAAUUUAUAUCCCACGACGUAGAGUACUUGUGUAGAGGUUUGCGAAAUAAUAAGUCUCUGUUAUACCUGGAUUUGGGAUACAAUAGAAUCGGAGAUUACGGUGCUGAAUUACUAGCUAAAUAUUUGGCUGAAUCACCGCAAUUAUUGCUUUUAAAUAUAGCUGGCAACUCUAUAAAGAAUACAGGAGCAAAAGCUUUAAGUUUUGGAUUGCCGUUUUCUAAAAUUCGUGCUUUAGACGUCUCACAAAACGAUAUAACAGAUCGUGGUAUUCUCGAUUUGUUGAAUACAUUAAAGAAGCCUUAUUUCUUGAGGUUUUUAAAUAUAUGGGGUAACAAAUUUGGUCAUGUAACGUGCGGGGUGAUUGAAAGAAUGCUUCUAAGUGGAGUAUUAUUCCAGCAUACAAUUGAUGUGAAAAUUUAUGAAGUAGAUGAGGUCUUACACGCAGCGUAUUACCCAAAUCCUGCGGACAGGAAUAAGCACUUGUAUUAUUGUGAAUUGGAUUACGGGUACUCAAUUCCAAUAGAUCAUAUUAAAAGAAAUGUCGCCACUGAGAGGAAGAAGACUAUAGUUGAUUGCAAACAGAGACAUAAAUUAGAUAAGACUGAUAGAAGUAGAUUUUGAAUAUUA